AUUCACCCCUCCCUCUUAGACUACGAGUACCGAUUCCUUUCGUACAUUUAUAUAUACAAACAAUAGCUGAAGAGCUAGCAGCAAGGAUAGGGAGUGCCAAAUCUAGUAAGCAGAAGCUCAAUGGAGGGUGAGAGCAGCAUGGUGGCCAUGGGUUUCGGACUCUACUGGCAGUCGCCUCCUCGCUUCCUCCUCGAGCCCCUUGACCUCGCCGGCGCCGCCGUCGACGACAGCAGCAUGUACGCCUACGUGCCGCCGUACGACGAGGCAGAGUCGCUGUCCGGCCUGUGCUCGUCGUACGCGCCGGGGCAUUCCAGCUCGCCCGACGGCGGCGCUGACUCCUGCUCCACGCCGGCGGCGGUGGCGCCACCGCCGCCUGCCGUGGCGACGAGGAACACGGCCAUGGAGCGCGGCCGGCGCCGCAGGCUCAACGAGAAGCUCUACGCGCUCCGCAGCGUCGUCCCCAACAUCACCAAGAUGGACAAGGCGUCCAUCAUCAGGGACGCCAUCGCCUACGUCGAGCACCUCCAGGAGCAGGAGCGCCGGGUGCUCGCCGACAUAUCCGCCCUGCGGCAGUCCUCCGCCACCGCCACUGCCACCGUCAAGACAGAGGGCGCCCCGGCCACGGAGGACGCCGGCCGCAGCUUCCUUCCAAGGAAGAAGAUGAGGCGGGCACUGGCAAUCGCUUGCGCCAACGACGCGACGCGCUCCAUCACCACGUCCUCGCCGCCAGUCCAAAUUCUUGAGGUGGAGGUGUCGGAGGCUGGGGAGAGGGUAGCGGUGGUGAGCAUCCGGUCCAGCAGGGGCAGGGACGCGGUGAGCCAGGUGUGCCGGGCGCUGGAGCCCCUCGGCCUCGGCGUCCUCACCGCCAGCAUCACCGCCGCCGGCGACACCGUCGUCCACACCAUGUUCGUGGAGACUGGAGAAAUGGGUGGCGCUCUGCUGAAGGAGGCGAUACUGGCUGCUCUGGCCCAGCUCGAUGUGACCAUAGGCCCUCUUAAGUCCAUGAGUUGUUGGGAACUUGAUGCGGCCAUGGAAAGCUAAGCAUCUCAAACACCUGCGCGUGUCGUCAUUGUCGCUGCUUUCCUUUGGGAACGGACAGACGAUUUGAUAAUGCAACUAGUAGCUCUAGCUUUUUCCGAAAGUAAAACGCAGCUAUCAGGUGCUGCCCGUGCUAAUUACCUCCAUUAUCUCAAAAAAGAAAAGACGAUUCUGUAAUCUUGACACUGAGAUAAGCUAGCAAUGAAUUUCUACAUCGUGUGUCA